CCCUUUUAUUGAUUUAAACAGCAUCCUAUGUACAUUGGCGACCCGUUUCUUUUUCUUUCUUUCUUAUAUAAUUUUCGCCCUUCGCGUCUUGAAGUUGGAGUUUUCGUUUUACUUCCUUUUUGAUUUCCGAGAAAAAGGAGAGCCCAAACCUGGUUUUGAUACACGGGGCAUCAGUUCCGCAACUUGUAAAGAAAAUGGAUCAACCGAUGAAUUUUUACACUUGUGCUGGAGAUAUUUUGGAGGUCUCAUAGAGUCUUGAGCUUAGAUUAUAAGCUCCAGCUGCAGCUUGUAGAAGCUGCAGUUGAGGAUGUUGAUAAUUUUCUGGCUGAUAUUCUAUCAUUCUUACAAUGAGAAGUCUUUUCCUGUCAGUAUCUUACAUUUCAUGCUACAGUUUAGCAGUAAACCAUACAUGCAAGCUAGUGAUCAAACCAUUGUCAAUACUGUAAACACCUCUAUUUGGAGGUUGCCAGAACUACAUUGACAAAUUGUUGAUUGUCAUCUGCUGCAACUGCAAGAAUGGAAAGGUAUAAAAUUUCCGAGGAGCUUGGAGAAGGCACCUGUGGUAGUGUGUUCAAAGCCUUUAAUAUAGAAACAUUUGAGAUUGUUGCUGUAAAGAAGAUGAAACGAAAAUUCUACUUUUGGGAAGAGUGCAUGAAUCUAAAAGAAGUUAAGGCUCUUCGUAAACUAAAUCACCCUAAUAUUGUAAAGCUAAAGGAGGUUGUCAGGGAAAGCAAUGACCUAUUCUUCAUUUUUGAGUACAUGGAACAUAAUCUUUACGAAAUCAUGAGGGAGAGACAAAAACCUUUUUAUGAAUGGGAGAUACGCAGCUUCAUGUCUCAGAUGCUGCAAGGACUUGCUCACAUGCAUAGAAAUGGAUAUUUUCAUCGAGAUUUGAAACCUGAAAACUUGCUGGUGACAAAUGAUGUUCUUAAAAUUGCUGAUUUUGGACUGGCAAGAGAAGUAUCAUCGAUGCCUCCUUAUACGGAAUAUGUUUCUACUCGAUGGUACCGUGCUCCAGAAGUCUUGUUGCAGUCUUCCUCCUACACUCCUGCUAUAGAUAUGUGGGCUGUUGGUGCGAUAUUAGCAGAGCUCUUUACUUCAUCUCCUAUUUUUCCUGGUGAAAGUGAAAUAGAUCAACUGUACAAGAUAUGCUGUGUUUUGGGUGCACAAGAUUGGACAUCAUUUCCUGAGGCAACAAACAUCUCUCUUUUAAUCAAUAUUAAUUAUUCAGAGAUUUUACCUACCAAGCUAUCGGAUAUCAUUCCAAAUGCUAGUCCAGAUGCUAUUGAUUUGAUCAAGCAACUUUGUUCAUGGGACCCGUUAAGGAGGCCAACGGCAGAUCAGGCAUUGCAGCAUCCUUUUUUUAAAGUGGAUGCUCGUGUUCCUCAUCCACCACUGCAUGAUCCACUUGAGCUGAGGCUAAACAACAUGGGGUCAAAGCCAAAUCUUGAGUUGAAUCUAUGGGAUUUCGACACUCAACCUGAUGAUUGUUUUCUGGGCCUGACACUUGCUGUAAAACCAAGUGUUUCAAAACUAGAGGCAGUCCAUAAUGUCUCCCAACUUAUCGAAGAGAACGUACUGUUUUGUCCUAAUCUGAAUGAUCAUCCAGAGCAAUCAGUUUUUUGGUCAUUGCUUACUCCUGAUCAAAAUGGAAUUCAUGCACCAGUUGAAUCCUCCUUGUCUCUCUCAUUCAGUUCAAUUCAGCAUCCACCAAUUGGAGUUCCACGAUCUGCUGGGUUCACAGUCGCAUCAUUGCAGCCUAAUCUCCCCGUUAAUCAAAACUAUUGGCCUUCCCCCCUUCCUGCAGGGUUAUCCCCUCCGACUGAGUUGGUUGGAUAACCUCAUUCGGACCUGUAGAGAAUUUGUAAUUUAUGUCAUUUCUUUUUGUAAAGUCAGAUUCAUUUAGUACCCCCAUAGCUGCUAUUGUAUUAAUCUAAGCUUUACAUACCAUUGAUAGUCAGCAGAGUCAUUGUUCUGGGAAAGUUCUUGGGAAGUUUUUCAGAUUUCAUCACUUCCCGGUAUAGGAAAUUUCACCCUCACAGUAAAUGUUGGUCGCGGAAUAUUCAUAUUGGUUAAUGUACAUCUUCCGUUCAAAUCUCUCU